UGUGUGCUGCGUAUAAAAGCAGCAUCCAACGCGCACACACCUCAGAAAUUUCAGAGCAGGUUGCGCACAAUCACGCACGGACACGCACAUAUACAGAGCGCGCGGGAUGUGUUGGAUCUAACGAACAGCGACUCAUUACAGCAGAGAAUCAGCAUCAUGACCAGGUCUGUGCGAGAGGAGCAGGUGUCAGUGGACUCGGAGGACCAGCAGGAGCUCUGCAGCCCCUCAGGAGGAGAGCUAGAGCGAGGGACAGGAGCAGGACUGGAGGAGGACGACGACCACCUACACCGGCUGGAGGAGGACGACGACGAAGACGAGGAGGACGAAGACGAGGAGGAGGAGGAGGAUGGGGAGAAUAAGCCCAAGAGACGAGGCCCGAAGAAGAAGAAGAUGACAAAGGCUCGAAUGCAGAGGUUCAAGAUCCGUCGGAUGAAGGCCAACGCCCGAGAGCGGAACCGCAUGCAUGGCCUGAACGACGCUCUGGAGAGUCUGCGCAAAGUGGUGCCCUGUUACUCCAAAACCCAGAAACUGUCCAAAAUCGAGACGCUCCGCCUCGCCAAGAACUACAUCUGGGCCCUGAGCGAGAUCCUGCGCUCCGGCAAGGCCCCCGACCUCAUGAGCUUCGUUCAGGCUCUGUGCAAAGGUCUGUCUCAGCCCACCACCAACCUGGUGGCCGGGUGCCUGCAGCUGAACCCUCGCACCUUCCUGCCGGAGCAGACGCCGGACCUCCCGGCCCACCUCCCCCCCGUCAGCGCCGCGGCCUACCCCGGACACUUCUCCUACCAGAGCCCCGGGCUGACGGCCGGCCUGCCCAGCCCGCCCUACGGCACCAUGGAGCCUUCCCACAUCUUCCACCAGGUCAAAGGUCAGCCCUACGGGCCCCUGGAGCCCUUUUUCGAUGGCGUGCUGGUGUCGGACGGCCCGGCGUUCGACCCGCCGCUCAGUCCGCCGCUCAGCAUCAACGGGAACUUCUCCUCGUCCUUCAAGCACGAGUCCGUCACAGCUGCCGAGUACGACAAGGGCUUCUCCUUCAGCGUGCACUACGGCGGAGGAGGACCCGGGGGACACGCGGCCAUGUACGGCGGCGGGGGGUCCAACCCGCGGUGCGGGGAGCUGCAGGUGGACGGGUUGAUGGGCUUUGACGGACACUCGCACCAUGAGCGGCUGAUGAACGCCCAGCUGAACGCCAUUUUCCACGACUCCUGAGGAAGAGGAAGACGAAGGACUCAGAGACUGAUGGAGACAGAGAGACAGACCCACCAUUCUGUAUCAUCCCUCUUGUCCCUUCUUUUCUUCUUUCUGUCUGCAUCAGGAUCUAGGACUUCUUCACUUUGGUCAUGAGGAAUGUUGACAAUGAUGUAAUCUUUGUAGCGCUUCAUCUUGCAGAGACGAUCUCUGAAUGUCUCAUUGUUAUACAUAUAUCACUUAAAAAUAAUCAAUAAUCAAUGAGCAAUAAUCUGGAGGAAACUAUGCAAUUUUGUUAAAACUGAGCACCGCUCAGCUGAUAAUUCCAAAUGUGGAAAGAAUAAAGAUUUCUCUAUUUUUGGUCAGUGUGUGAGGAGGUGUCGGGCCGGUGUUGAGCCGGCACUGCGUCAAAGUGUUCAUGUGGUUUUUACUUUUUGCUUUUUAUAAUGUUCCCGUAGCAUUCUGUUAACAUUUCAUGUGACUCUUGUUCAUAUUUUAUAAGAUAGAUGUUUAUAAAGGCCUUUUAUUAAAAGGAAUUUCAUGUGA